AUACAUUUCUACAUAUACACCUAAAAAGCUUAUGUAUGUUCACCCCAAAAUCCAACAUAUAUUACACAUUCCUAAAAAUCACGCAAUGUAUCGUCCGGACCACCUUCCGAUCCACCAUGUCAACAACGGCCAACGGCCAAACUUACAGCGCCACCACACGGCCCGGUACUACGCUCACCGGGUUAAGGAGAGCCUAACCACUAGAGUUUCCAAGUUUAUAUGCACCAUAUUUUUAUUUCUCUUCUUUGUUGCGGGUCUUAUAACAUUUAUUGUAUGGCUUAGCCUACGUCCACAUAGGCCCAGGUUCCACAUUCAAGAAUUUUCCAUCCCUACUUUGGUCCAGUCCAGUGGGCCUCCGGAGAGUGCUAUGGUCAAUUAUAAUUUGACCAUCCGAAAUUCAAACCACAAGGUUACUAUACACUACAAUUCAAUACAUGCUGCAGUUUAUUACAGAGACCAGCUGGUUGGUGGAGUCCCAUUGAUAACAGAUGAAUUUGAUCAAAUAUCCAAAACUACAAAAGUACUUAACAGUGCAGAUUUACCAUUAUUGACUAUCAAUACGCAGCGUUGGGUAGAAAUGCAACGUGAUAUAGCGGCUGGAAGUGUGCCGUUUAGAUUAGAAAUUAUAUCAGUGAUUAAAUUGCAAAUUCAACAUUGGUGGGAUUCAAAAACACAUAAAAUGCAUGCUAAUUGUAUUGUAACUCUUGGUUCUGAUGCUUCAAUAUUACCUAAUUUAAAAAAUAGUAGAUGUAAUGUUUAUUUCACUUAAAUUGUUUUAUUUAUUGUAUUCAUGUUUCUUCACUUUUCGCCUCUUGGUGUAAUUGGAUUUAUUGUUUUCUUGAUUGAGAAAUUCUUUUUGGGAUUCUUAUGGAAAUUGUAAUUACUUUUUACUUUUUAUAAAAUUAAUGAGUAGUGGUGUAAUUGGUUGAAAAAAAUAUUAUUGUGCAAUAUUAUAAUUUUUCAA